AGCCUGGGCGCUGAGAAAGUUUAUGGGGAAAGUUUAGCAGAGUGAGGAACCGGGCGGUGGCUGGGGAAGGCCAGAUCCUGAUUACCCUGCUGCUCCGCAGGAGGCUUGACGCUGACAGAGGCAAAAAUCUGCUAACUCAGGGGGCAGACUCAACCAGGGCUGCAAACAGGCCUGGGGAAUGACCCCCAAUCUCGAAUCUGCACCUUCUGUGGCUGCACAGCUGUCUCUGCCUCUUUGCCUGGCCCUCGCCCUGUCGCCCUUCCCUGUGCCACAUGGGCCCUCUGUCUCCUACCAGGACCAUGCGCCUCUGGGGGCCUCGGAGCCUGGGGGUGGCUUUGGGAGUCUUCAUGACCAUCGGAUUUGCCCUCCAGCUCUGGGGUGGGCCCUUCCAAAGAAGGUUACCUGGGCUGCAGCUCCGACAGCCCUGGGCCCCAUCCCCAGGACCGGCUGCUCCAACCUGUCCUCCCCGGCAGCGACUAGUAUUCCUGAAGACGCAUAAAUCUGGGAGCAGCUCUGUGCUAAGCCUGCUUCACCGCUACGGGGACCAACGUGGGCUGCGCUUCGCCCUCCCUGCCCGCUACCAGUUUGGCUACCCAAGGCUUUUCCAGGCCUCUUGGGUCAAAGGCUACCACCCUCAGGGUGGAGGCACCCAGCCCCCCUUCCAUAUCCUCUGUCAUCACAUGAGGUUCAACCUGAAAGAGGUACUUCAGGUCAUGCCUUCUGACAGCUUCUUCUUUUCCAUUGUCCGAGACCCAGCGGCUCUGGCCCGCUCUGCCUUCUCCUACUAUAAAUCCACCUCAUCAGCCUUCCGCAAGGCACCUUCCUUGGCUGCCUUCCUAGCUAAUCCUCGAGCCUUCUACCGACCUGGGGCCCGUGGAGACCAUUAUGCGCGCAACUUGCUAUGGUUUGACUUUGGCCUCCCAUUCCCCCCAGAGAUGAGGACCAAGAGAGGAUAUCCUCAUCUCCCCAGAGACCCCAACCCCCCAGAGCUGCACGUCCUGCCUUCGGGCACUGGCUCUCGAGCCCACACCCUGGAUCCCAAUGCUCUCUUCCAUCCUGCUCCCACCACUGCUGAUGGUCACAGCCAGACGUCCAGCCCCGCUGCUUUAGAUUUGGGGUCUUCAUCCUUCAUCCAGUGGAGUCUGGCCUGGUUGGACUCUGUCUUUGACUUGGUCUUGGUGGCCGAGUACUUUGACGAGUCAUUGGUUCUGCUGGCAGAUGCCCUGUGCUGGGGUCUAGAUGAUGUGGUGGGCUUCAUGCACAAUGCCCAGGCUGGAAGUGAACAGGGCGGACAUGCUGUCAGCAAUGGUGGACUGACCACUGAGGACAGGCAACUAACUGCACGGGCUCGAGUCUGGAACAAUCUGGACUGGGCUCUUUAUGUUCACUUCAACCGCAGUCUGUGGACACGAAUAAAACAAUACGGCCAGGGUCGGCUGGAGAGUGCAGUGGCAGAGCUCAGGGCUCGCCGAGAGGCCCUGGCGAAACAUUGUCUGCUGGGGGGUGAGGCUUUAGACCCCAAAUACAUCACUGACCGACGGUUCCGCCCUUUCCAGUUUGGGUCAGGUAAGGUUUUGGGCUAUGCACUUCGGAGUGGACUGAGCCUCCAAGACCAGGAGGAGUGUGAGCGCCUGGCUACCCCAGAGCUACAGUACAAGGACAAGCUAGAUGCCAAGCAGUUCCCUCCGAAAGCCUCUCUGCCGUUCAAGACUUCAAAGCUACUCACCCCCUAGGCGUUAGACCACGGAGUCUUAGGUUAAAGAGCAGCUAAGCUACAGGACACGUGUGACCAGUGUGGGACAGCCGAUGACAUUUCUGCUUCCCUGAGAAAGCAAGUCUGCUCCCUGCAGGACGAUGGGAACCUGGCAUGGACGUGGGCCCAGAGUCCUCCAGGCCGUGCCAAGGACUCCAGCUGUUCAGCUCCCAGAGGCACUCCUCCACCCCCCUCUGCCCCUUCCCCUGUCCAGCCCCCUGGCAGGUCCACGCAGCACUCACAGGCUCCCUGGAGGAGCAGACCAUGCGUUCAGCCAGAGGACGUUUGGGACACGGUGGGCUGGAAUCAUCCGUCCAUGUAUGUCUCUGUGAAAUGUUUGUUACUGAGCUACGCCCAUUUCACUAUGAAAUGUUUGUUGAAUGAAUAAAUACUUUGAAACUUG